UGGCGUUCCAUAGAUUUUAAAGGUUUGUAAUAAGUGUUAUUCAGUAGUUAUCAUGGGAAAACCAGUGGACCACUUUGAAUUAUAACAAUGCUGUCAUUCCGGGAACAUGUUCAAUUAUGAGUGACAUUGUAGAAUCUUGUCCAACAAACCUUACAGAAGUCUUCGCAGCAUCAGCGAGACUAAACUGUGGUGCAGACGGGUUUGGAAAUAAUCAGUAUGUGUGCUUCCCUAACAGAGAUAAGACUGCACUUGUGGAAUUUUGUCAUAAAGGAGGCAUUCCGUUGGUAGCAGAUGGUUUUUGUGUGGAGACAAUAGGAGGCCAAUUGUAUCACAGAACAUGUCAACAGUUCCUCAAAGGUUGUCCGAAUAAGCCGUUCCUUGCCAAUGAGAUAUACAGAUAUCCUGCCUGUCAGAGUGUAAACACAGAGAACCAGUGUUAUCUUGCUGAUCCAUCAUGUCCAAAUAUGACAUCAAGAUUCACUACCAUAGACAUGAUCAAAACAUCAUCCACCUACCCUAACACAACUCUCAACUCCACAACGACCUUCUUAGAAGAUGAAUCAACUGAUAUAAGGGCCAUUGUAGGAAGUAUAGUAGCCGUGUUAACUGUUACAGUCCUACUGAUCUUACUGAUUAUUGUCUGGCAAAGGAUGAAGAAACGAAAAAACACAACAAACAGAGGCGAAGAUGAAGAAAACCCACGCGAAGAUGAAGAAAACCCUCUUCUUGAAUCAACCAUUCAAAUGCAAAAUAGAAACGAUAAAGAGAUGUCCCCUUCAGCAAAAAAUGGAGGAUAUAUCACGUCUCUACAAACAACUGAUAACAAAAAGGACCACCAUAAUGGAGAUGAUGGGUCUAAUGUAUUACAUGAAGCCUGCAAGAAUGCGAAGCUAGAAAUGUGUAAACAUCUUAUCCAAACAUACCCUGAUCUUCUACACAGUGUAGAUAAUACAGGAUGGAACGCUGCCCUACACGCCGCUCGAGGUGGAAACGUUAAAAUUUUACAAUUACUGGCAGAACAUAAAGUAGACGUCAAACAUAAAAGUAACGACGGCUGGAAUAUUCUUCACACGGCAUGUGUAAACUCUAACUUAGAAAUGAGUCGUUACAUCACCCAAGAAUACCCUGAUCUUCUACACAGUGCAGAUAAUGAUGGAUGGAACGCUGCUCUACACGCUGCUCGAGGGGGAAAUACUGAAAUUUUAAAACUACUGGCAGAAAAUAAAGUAGACCUCAAACAUAAAAAUAACAAUGGCUGGAACAUUCUUCAUGUGGCAUGUUUAACGUCUAACCUAGAAAUGAGUCGCCAUGUCAUCCGAACAUACCCCGAUCUUCUACACAGUGUAGAGAAUAAUGGAUGGAAUGCUGCCCUAUACGCCGCUGGAGGAGGAAAUGUUGAAAUUUUACAACUGCUGGCAGAUAAUGCAGUAGACGUCACACAUAAGAACAAUGAAGGGUGGAACAUUCUUCACGUUGCAUGUGGAACCUCUAACUUGAAAAUGAGCCGUUACAUCACCCAACAAUACUCUGAUCUUCUACACAGUGUAGAUAACACAGGAUGGAACGCUGCCCUACACGCUGUUCGAGGAGGAAACUUUGAAGUUCUUCAAUGUUUAGCAGAUAAUGAAAUAGACGUCAGACAUAAAGACAAAAACGGAUGGAACAUUCUUCACGUGGCAUGUCGAACCUCUAACCUAGAAAUGAGUCGCCACGUCAUCAAAACGUACCCUGACCUUCUUCACAGUGUCAGUAAUGAUCAUUGGAAUGCUGCUCUACAUGCUGCUUGUGGAGGAAACGUUAGAAUUCUACAACUACUGGCAGGAAAUGAAAUAGAUGUUAAACAAAAAUGCAUUAAAGGCUGGAACAUUCUACACGUAGCAUGUAGAACCUCUAACGUUGAAAUGAGCCGUUAUGUCAUCCAUACAUACCCUGAGCUGCUACAUAAUGUAUGUAAUGUUGGAUGGAAUGCUGCUCUACACGCCGCGGAGGGAGGAAAUGUUGAAAUUUUAGAAUUACUGGCAAAAAAGGAAGUAGUCGUCACACAUAGGGACAAAAGUGGCUGGAACAUUCUUCACGUGGCAUGUGGAACCUCCAACUUGAAAAUGAGCCGUUACAUCACCCAACAAUACCCUGAUCUUCUACACAGUGUAGAUAACACAGGAUGGAACGCUGCCCUACACGCCGCUCGAGGUGGAAACGUUGAAAUUCUACAAUUACUGGCAGAUAAGGAAGCAGAUAUCAAUCAUAAAGACAAUAACGGCUGGAACAUUCUUCACGUGGCAUGUGAAACCUCUAACUUCGAAAUGAGUCGUUAUAUCAUCAAAACAUACCGUUAUCUUCUACACAGUGUAGAUAACACAGGAUGGAAUGCUGCCCUACACGCUGCUGUUAGAGGAAAUGUUGAAAUGCUACAACAUUUGGUAGACAAUGGUGUAGACGUUAAACAUAAAAACAAUGAAGGCUGGAACAUUAUUCACGUGGCAUGUGGAACCUCUAAUGUAAAAAUGAGUCGUUAUAUCAUCAAAACAUUCCCUGAGCUUCUCAACGGUGCCAGUAAUGUUGGAUGGAAUGCUGCUCUACAUGCCGCUCGUGGGGGAAACGUUGAAAUUCUACAACUACUGGCAAAUAAUAAAGUAGACGUCAAACAUAAAAACAAUGAAGGCUGCAACAUUCUUCAUGUGGCAUGCCGAACCUCUAACGUAGAAAUGAGUCGUUAUAUCAUCAAAACAUACCCUGAUCUUCUAUACAGUGUAGAUAAUACAGGAUGGAAUGUUGCCCUAUACGCCGCUGGAGGAGGAAAUGUUGAAAUUUUACAACUACUGCCAAAUAAUGAAGUAGACGUCACACAUAAAAACAAUGAAGGGUGGAACAUUCUUCACGUUGCAUGUGGAACCUCUAACUUGAAAAUGAGCCGUUACAUCAUCCAACAAUACCCUGAUCUUCUACACAGUGUAGAUAACACAGGAUGGAACGCUGCCCUACACGCCGCUCGAGGUGGAAACGUUAAAAUUUUACAAUUACUGGCAGGUAAUGAAAUAAACGUCAGACAAGAAAGCAAUUACGGCUGGAACAUUCUCCAUGUGGCAUGUUUAAACUCAAACCUAGAUAUGUGUCGUUAUAUCAUCCAAAUAUACCCUGAUCUUCUACACAGUGUGGCUAAUAGUGAUCAGAAUACUGCAGUUUUUGCCGCUCGAGGAGGAAAUGUUAAGAUUCUACAACUACUGGACGAUCAUGGUGUUAAAAUAUCAGCAGAAAAUUAGCACAAGUUGUAUUUUGUAUUUACAAUAAGAGUACAUAAAGUAAGACCCAUGUUUGUAGAAAGGUAAUAAUCAUUUGAUGAUGAACGUCUCUUUUAUAAAAUGGCAUAACGUUUGCUCAGUAGGUAAAAGCAUUAUGAAGUACACGUGAUAUAGCAUUAUACAUCACAUUAUCACCAAUUGACGUUUAGGAUGAAUUAACAGUUGUUAUGUAUAGUACUAUUUGUACUGGGUCGACCUAGAGUGUUAAAAAAUCUCAUGUUUAUUUUCUUUACAUUAAAAUUGACACCUGUGACCAAGAUUGUACUAGAACCUCAUGUUAUUUUUAGUAGAAAGAUUACGUAAUGGUUGCAUCAUUUUCUUUCAAGAUUGUACUAGAAAAUUCUUUGCUCUUAUAGAUAUACUAAAAUUCGUAUGAUCAAAAGUUCUGGUUAGACACUUUUUGUGCAUUUUGGAUUAUUAUUCUGAGAACUAUGAUUUUGGAAUUAUUAUUUUUAUGUGUGAAUAUUCUGUUUGGAUUUGGAAUACCAAAUUUGUCAGUGAAUUUGACCUGUUGAAGGGUUACUGGCAAGUGCCAUUGACUGAGAGAGCCAAAGAAAUAUCUGCAUUUGUGACUCCCGAUGGCAUCUUUAAAUACAAAGUGAUGUCGUUUGGUAUGAAAAAUGCUCCAGCGACCUUUCAGCGGAUUAUUCAUUCCCUUUUACAUGACCUUCUAGGAUGUAAAGCCUACAUUGAUGAUGUUAUCAUCUGGAGUGACACAUGGGAGGAACAUCUCCAGAUCGUGCAUUCUUAGACAUUCUGGCAAAAAGCGAACGUAACAGUGUACCUUGCAAAGAGUAAAUGUUGUCAUGUUUCUGUAGAUUAUUUAUGUCAUAAAAUAGAUCAAGGCUAUGUUACAACUAUUACGGCUAAAGUGGAGGCUAUUUCAAAGUUGCCGAUUCCUACAAACAAGAAAGAGUUAAUAAGAUUUUGGGCAUGACAGGUUUUUACAGAAAAUGUUGUCCAACAGUUCGUCUACUUACCAAUUUAUUGCAAACGAGGGCUAAAUUUGUAUGGACAAAGGACUGCGAUGAAUCAUUUUGUAAAAUUAAAUCUGUUCUCAUGAGUAAUCCAAUUCUUUCGGUUCCAGAUUCUAAGCUAUUUAAGCUUAAUGUACAUGCUAGCGAUGUAGGAAUCGGUGCUGCUUUGUUUCAAGAAAAUUAUGACAAUGUAUAUGAAUUUGUUUCAUAUUUUUCAAAGAAACUUACAAAAUGUCCACAAAAUUAUUCAAUCAUUGAAAAGGGGUGCCUUGCUUUGUUAUUAACUUUAUAACAUUUUGAUGUUUAUUUGAAUGUUACGGUGUAUCCAAUUCUUGUUUUACGGAUCACAUCCCUCUCACUUAAAAUGCAUAAAAUGUCAAACAGGAAUCAAAGACUCCCAAGAUGGGGUUUAUUAUUGCAAGAAUAUGAUAUUAAUAUCAAACAUACCAAGGUCAAAGACAAUGGUAUAGCAAUGGCAUUAUCAAGAGGUUCAUGGGUAUGUUUUGUUUUAAAUUUGUUGUUGCUUUGGUUGAUUUAUGUAUAUACAUUUAAAUUUUAAAUAUUAUUGUACAAAAACACUGAUCAAUCUCGUAAUUCUCAUAAGCAGUGUAAAAUAUAGAGUUGGGCAAACACGGACCCCAGGAUAUACCAGAGGAGGAAUCGGUUAUCUAGGAGGAGUACGCAUAACCUGUGGACCUGUCACACCCGCCGUGAGCCCUAUAUCUCAAUCAGGUACACGGAUUUAUCAGUAGUCAAAAUCAGUGUGCCAAGGACCGCCUAAGAAUCGAUAUGAACAAGUCAGAUAGCAGUUGACCCAAUGUUAAGUUGUAAUGGCAAACUAGAUUGUUAGAACGACCAUAGAAUUUGCAAAAACGAGACUAUUGAAACCCCUGCACCAUGAACAUGCGCAGAACAAGCUCUUGCGUAUCGAAUCAGUUGAGAUAUAUUGUUACAAUAAUCUAGUUAUAUAUUUGCAUAAACUGUUGUAUCAACUGUUAUGUUUUUAUGUAUUUGUGACGUCACUUGGAAAGCUUCGUGUGUGAUCGGAUGACGUGACAGGUGGAGUGUGUGAUCGUCUGCAGGAGUAGUGUUGCGUCUGGAAAAGAAAAUGGAAGUAAUCUCGCUAAAAUGAAAGCACUUCGUAAUCCGCUGGUCCGUGGAAGUGCCUGGUUCGAUCAUCUAGCUGGAAUUGCGCAUCUGUGAGAUCUGGAAUUCGUAUAAUUAACGCGUGUGUGAGGAUACCUGAACAGGUUCACCGACAAGCUGAUCAAUAUAGACAAGUUGAGUAGAACUUUCUAAAGAUCUCUGUUGUGUACUUACGUAUUAUUGUAUGUUUAUAUAUCUAUGAUUAAUUUUGUAGAAUUAAAAUUUGUAAAAGU